AUGCUCUCCCGCGCCGCCUUCUCUGUUCGUGCUGCUACGGUGAGUACGCAACCGUUCAAAUCGAGGGAUCGUCGGAGCUGGUGUGAUGUUGAUGUUGGGAAUACGUGCGGAUGCUGACGACGAGGGUAUGCGUGCUCGUGGGCCCCCGAUCUGUGCAGCGCACCUCGGCCGUCACUGGCCUGAGGUCCUACGCCACCGCCAAGCCUGGUUAGUCCUUAUACCGUCUACGGCGUCGUCUGGCGUGGAACGUCGAUCUGACCGCGCUCGUUAACGCCUUGACCCCUUGCAGCGGCUUCGGAAGUGGCUUCGAUCCUCGAAUCGCGCAUCUCUGGCUCGUCGGGCGGAGCUGAUGUCCAGGAGACCGGUCGCGUCUUGACCAUUGGUGACGGUAUUGCUCGGUAAGUUGAGCAGGAUCGAACCUUUCAUCGAGCUCGGUGCACUGACGCGGUGUGUCGACGAUGCAGUGUUUACGGCCUCCGAAACGUUCAAGGUGCGUCGUUUAUCCCGCUGGCUGCGCUCGUUCUCGCUGGCUCGCUGGCUGGUUGGCACGCUGGCCGAUUCGCGCGCGUGCGGGUCGGCCCUGCGCUUCCCGCUUGCCGCCUGCCGCUUCCCGCUUCGCUACGGCCGUCCUGCGCCCGAACGGCGUGGCAGUCGGUCCCAGCGCAUCCUACCCGCUUCCCACCCGCCGCCGCGCCCGUCCGUUCGCCAACCCGCGGCGGAUCUUCCACCUGCAUUCGCCCCCCGUACUAACCACGAUGUCGAUGCUGAUUGACCUACAGCCGAGGAGAUGGUUGAAUUCUCGUCCGGUAUCCGCGGCAUGUGCCUCAACUUGGAAGCCGGUCAGUAGUCCACCCCCCUGCCGUAUGCUUCCGCCCGUGCCAACGCGCGACGGCACCCGAUCCCAUCUGGCGGAGGUUCGCAUCUUGAAGACCCACGACUGAUUUGCGCUGUAAAUUCUGUCCUCUUUCAGACAACGUCGGUGUCACCAUCUUCGGUAACGAUCGUCUCAUGUGAGUUGACGCGUAAUCAUCACGACCGAGCGCCGGCCACGUUGCUGCUGGUCUGGCCCGGCGGGACACUCGGCCGUGCUCGCACAUCGCAACCGCGUCUCUGAGCCAUCCUCUCCGCUUGUUCCACAACCCGCAGUAAGGAAGGUGACUCGGUCAAGCGAACCGGUUCCAUUGUCGAUCUUCCCGUCGGCCCCGCCAUGCUCGGUCGUGUCGUCGACGCCCUCGGCAACCCCAUCGAUGGCAAGGGUCCCAUCAAGUCGACCGAGCGUCGACGUGCCCAGGUCAAGGCCCCCGGUGUCUUGCCCCGUCAAUCCGUCUCGCAGCCCAUGCUGACGGGUCUCAAGUCCGUCGACGCCAUGGUCCCCAUCGGACGUGGCCAGCGUGAGCUGAUCAUCGGUGAUCGUCAAACCGGCAAGACUGCCGUCGCGAUCGACACCAUCCUCAACCAGAAGAAGUGGAACGAUGGCGCUGACGAGAGCAAGAAGCUCUACUGCGUCUACGUUGCCGUCGGCCAGAAGCGAUCGACCGUCGCGCAGCUCGUGCAGACGCUCGAGGAGAACGGUGCGCUCAAGUACUCCGUUGUCGUCGCCGCCACCGCGUCCGAGGCCGCUCCCCUGCAGUACCUUGCCCCCUUCUCGGCCACCGCCAUCGGCGAAUGGUUCCGUGACAACGGCAAGCACGCCUUGAUCAUCUUCGACGACUUGUCCAAGCAGGCCGUCGCGUACCGUCAGAUGUCGCUCUUGCUCCGUCGCCCCCCCGGGCGUGAGGCCUACCCCGGAGAUGUCUUCUACUUGCACUCGCGUCUCCUCGAGCGUGCGGCCAAGCUCUCCGACAAGCACGGAGGUGGAUCGCUCACCGCCCUCCCCAUCAUUGAGACCCAGGGUGGUGAUGUCUCCGCUUACAUUCCCACCAACGUUAUUUCCAUCACCGACGGUCAAGUGAGUUUCAUCUGUAAAGCUGCUCGACUUGCUUUAGUACGACGAGUGCUGAUCUCAAAUUUUCCCAUCCGCAGAUCUUUUUGGAAGCCGAGCUCUUCUUCAAGGGUAUCCGACCCGCCAUCAACGUCGGUCUUUCCGUCUCGCGCGUCGGUUCCGCCGCUCAGUCCAAGAUCAUGAAGGCCGUCGCCGGUUCGUUGAAGCUGUACCUCGCUCAGUACCGUGAUGUUGCCGCCUUCGCCCAGUUCGGUUCCGAUCUCGAUGCCUCGACGCGCUUCUUGCUCAACCGUGGUGUGCGUUUGACCGAGUUGCUCAAGCAAGGCCAAUACCAACCCAUGGCGAUCGAGCUUCAGGUGCCGAUCGUCUACGCCGGUGUCAACGGUCUGCUCGAUCGAGUGCAGGUGAACGACAUUGGCAAAUGGGAGGCGUCCUUCAUCGACCACCUCAAGAGCUCGCAACAGUCGCUCUUGGACGAAGUGUCCAAGGGUAAGAUGACGCCCGAGAUCGACGCCCAAUUGAAGAAGGUUGUCAGCGACCACGUCACCUCAUUUGUCUCGGCUUAG